UCGAUGAUGCAAAGAUCUUAUCCUUGACCCAAAGAUCUUGACCUACCUACUUUUUUUGCAGGAAACACGUGAAUUUAGGUUGAGGGCUUGGCUAGCUUGUUUCCUUCUGUUUCACACCCUUAAGAGCUAGCUACUGUAUAGCCAAGGAGUUAUAAGUUGCUAUAACCAAGUUUGACAUCAUUUGUGAAAAAUAAAUCAGAAAACUUUAAUAGUGAAGACAUAAAAGACUGGCAGAUAUUUAGUUGGAAACUUAUUUAGAGUAUGUACCAGAAUUCUGAAACAAUGGCAGAAGACCAGUUGAGUAAUAAUAUGCCAGUAUUUCCAUCAAAAGUAGUUCCUGGAAGAUCAUUUGUAACACCAAAGGAGAGUGAUGAUAUUGUUCACCGUAUCAAAUUGGAGGAGAGUUGUUCGAUUGGAUACAAUGAUCAACAGUUUGAAUUUGACAGUUUAAGGGAUCAUUUAGAUACAGGCGAGAUGCUUUGUAAAUGUGAAGAAGGCCAAAGAAGACAACAUUUAUCAAUACAUACAGCAGAAACACCAUAUUCAUGUAAAGAUGGUGGAAAGAAAUUUAUUCAAAGUUACAAAUUGCAAGCACAUGUGAGGAUGCAUACAACAGAAACACCAUAUGAAUGUGAACAUUGUGGAAAAAAGUUUAAUCAAAGUAACGACUUGAAAGAACAUUUAAGGACACAUACUGGAGAGACACCAUAUGAAUGUGAACACUGUGAAAAGAAAUUUAAAUCUUGCAUCAGUUUCUCAAGACAUAUGGAAAUGCAUACAAGUGAAACUCCAUAUGAAUGUCAAAAUUGUGGAAAGGCAUUUAUUAGAAGGAGCAAUUUUAAUAGACAUUUAAGGAUACAUACGGGAGAGACACCAUUUGAGUGUGAACAUUGUGGAAAGAAAUUUAGGCAAAGCUACAAUUUGAAAGCACAUUUAAGGACACAUAUUGAAGAGACACCAUAUGAGUGUGAACAUUGUGGAAAGAAGUUCAACCACAAUAAGAAUUUGAAAGCACAUUUUAAAAGAAUACAUACAGAAGAGACAUAUGAAUGUGAACAUUGUGGAUUGAAGUUUAACCGAAGUAACAGUUGGAAAGCACAUUUAAGGGCACACAGAGGAGAAACACCAAAUGAAUGUGAACAUUGUGGAAAGACAUUUACUCUUAAGGGCAAUUUGAAAGCACAUUUAAUGACACAUACUGGAGAGACACCAUAUGAGUGUAAACAAUGUGGAAAGAAGUUUAACCGAAAAAACCAUUUGAAGGCACAUUUAAGGAUACAUACUGGAGAAACACCUUAUGAAUGUGAUCAUUGUGGAAAGAAAUUUAAAUCCAAAAGCAAUUUCACAAGACAUAUAGUGAUACAUACAAGAGAAACCCCGUAUGAAUGUCGAAAUUGUGGAAAGAAGUUUAACCGAAAUGACAAUUUAAAAGCGCAUUUAAGGAUACAUACAGGAGAAACACCAUAUGAAUGUGAUAAGUGUGGACAGAAGUUUAACCAAAGUAAAAGUUUGAAGGCACAUUUAAGGAUACACACGAGAGAGUCACCAUAUGAAUGCGAUAAUUGCGGAAAGAAGUUUAACCUAAGUAAAAGUUUGAAAGCCCAUUUAAGGAUACACACAAGAGAAACACUUCAUGAUUGUGAACAUUGUGGAAUGAAGUUUAACCGAACUGAUUUGAAAGCACAUUUAAAGAUACACAGAGGAGAGAUACUUUAUGAAUGUAAACAUUGUGGAAAGAAAUUUAAUCAAAAAAGUGGUUUGAAAAGCCAUUUAAGGAUACAUACAGCAGCGAAAGUAUAUGAGGGUAAGCAUAGCGGAAAUGAAUCUAACCGAAGUAACUAUUUUAUUACACAUUUUAGGAUACACACAGGAAAAGCAGCUUAUGAAUGUGAAAAUUGUGGAAAGAAGUUUAACCAAAGUAACAAUUUGAAAGCACAUUUAAGGACACACACUGGAGGAACACAUGAUGUUGAACAUUGUGGAAAGACUUUUAACCAAAGUAACAAUUUGAAAGCACAUUUAAGGACACACACUGGAGGAACACAUGAUGUUGAACAUUGUGGAAAGACUUUUAACCAAAGUAACAAUUUGAAAGCACAAUUAAGGGGACACACUGGAGACACACAGGAUGUUGAACAUUCUGGAAAGACUUUUAACCAAAGUAACAAUUUGAAAGCACAUUUAAGGACACACACUGGAGACACACAGGAUGUUGAACAUUGUGGAAAGACUUUUAAUCAAAGUAACUAUUUGAAAAUGCAUUUUAGGAUACACACAGGAAAAAAGAGAGACCAUAUGAAAUUGAAGAUUGUGGGAAGAAAUUCUAACAAAAAAAAUAUUUGAAAAAGCAUUGAUGGUACACACAGGAGAAACUCCAUAUGAAUGUGAAUAUUGUGGAAAGAAAUUUUGGCGAAGGAGUAAAAUGAACGCACAUUUGAGGAUACACACUGGCAAGACCCCAUAUGAAUGUGGAAAUAAAUAUUUAUUAUUGGCAAAGGAGUAGCAUAAAUGCACAUACUGAAGGGGAACCAUAUCAUUGUAUAACACCAUAUGAUUGUAAACAUCAGUAUUUUAUCAGAAAACAAAAUUUGUGUGUUGUUAAUAUAUUCGCAUUCCAGUGUUAUAGUUUUUGAUAUGUAGUCUUGAAGGUUGCACAUCUACAAAAGAGGAAUGUACUGUAUGCCAAAAUCUGUAGUGUCAUGUCAGAUAAU